AUGCCUCCUUUAACAAUCAGAAACCGGUUUUUCCGUUCGCGGCCACGACAACAUAGGGAAAGUGGAUCUUCGGUUCCAGUCAGAAGUAACAAUACUCGUGAUAUGACUACAGACCAGGCAACGCGACAACCUUCUAAACAUGCUCUGAGCCAUUUUACUUAUUCUUUUACGCCUGUAAUGAGUCUUGGGUGCCCGUCUCAAGAAAUCGCCAAUGUAGACUUUCAUACUUCUGAGGUAUUACAUGACGAACCGAAUCUCCUCUUUGACUUCACAUCCUAUGAGAAG